UACACAUUUCCUGUUUCCUAGCAACAAGAGCAGGAAGUAUGUGGAAUGGGAUGGAAGAAAAAGCAGACAAUUGAAGAAGAUCUGUGGUUUAAGAAUAUAAAUUAUAGCUGUGUGUUGAGGAAACGAGCGAUCCAGGAUUGAAAUACAAUACAUCAGAAACUACAGAAUCUGUUUGGCUUAUGUACUAAUCAAAUAGAUGCACUUCAGACAUAUCGCAUACCUGUUCCAACUGGGCGCCCUGCUAACCCUGACGGAGCCCUCAUGAUGUACCUGCAUCCUUCCUACCCCAGAGAGUAAACAUUAAUUAAUGGAUAAGUACUACGUGAUGAGAUCCCAUCCUUAUUAUCAUCCUGUUUGGCUCUUAUGAUAAAGAGGAGCUGGAGAUCUGAUGUAUUUACCUCUCAAUUGUCUAGCUCAAAUAUUUGCAGUACUACCCUGUAAUGGCUAUGCAAGAGCCUGGCAGGACCAAAGGCUUCCCUUGCAAACACUGUGGAAUAGUGUGUUCCAACAUGCCAAGCCUUCUGGAGCACAUGGAGAGUCAUUUCCAGCAAGAAGAAGAUCGCAAGUUCAAAUGCAAUGAAUGUGGGCGGGGCUACAGACAUGCAGGAAGCUUGGUUAACCACAAGAAGACACAUGAGUUGGGUUCUUUUCAAUGUCCAAUAUGUGCCAGGAAGCUCUCAAAUCCACUGGCCCUGAAAAGCCAUCUGCGCAUCCACACCUCACAGAAGAAGUACUCCUGCACUGAUUGUGGUAAGGCCUUUAGGUUAGCUACUCAGCUGGCUACCCAUGAGAAAGUCCAUCUCUUCAGGCAAUCCAAAGGAAGAGCAGGUAGAAGGGCAGACGCGGACUACUCGCUCAUUGAGAAUACAGAUGAAAUUCAGGACAAUGAUGACCUUGAUGAGCAGUCUGUGUUGCCUGCUGAGCAGCAAGACUCUGUGUUGGAUAGUAUAUCUGAGAGUGACCUCCACCAGGAGGCCAUCCCCAUCUCAGUAAAUGACAGUGAAAACCUUGGGUUUGAAGAAGUAGGGGAUCGGCCUUUCAGAUGUGAUCAGUGUGAAAAGUCAUAUAGACACCAUGGAAGCUUGAUAAAUCAUAAAAAGUCUCACCAGGUAGGGACGUUUGAGUGUCCUAUUUGUUUUAAACAGCUUAAUAAUCUUGCCGCCCUUCAUAGCCACCAGAGGACCCACAACAAGUCCAAAAGUGGGCCGGAACGUUCCGUGGAAGUCCUUUAUGCUGCCACAACACCAGAGCAGUUUUCACCCCCGAACAGGGAGGCUCCAGUGCACUUCUGCCACCUUUGUCAAGUAAUGUUUCCUAAUGAUGAGGAGUUCCAAGAACACAUCCAAAUGCACAAUUCUUCUUCUAUGUCCUUUGGGCACAAUCAAGAUUUACCUGAGGAUCAUCAUGUCUCGUAUGAUGAUAAUCUCUCUCAUUCUCCAGACUCCAACUUCUACACACCGCCACUUAACAGUGCCCCUUCAAUAGAUCAUCAGGGGGAGCAGAUCAACAAUGUUCAAAUAUACUCUGACCACUCCAGUAGGGAGUCCCUUUUGAACGCUCAGGGAGAGCCCUCAGUCUUGGAUUCAGAGAUUUCUGCUGAUGAUUUAAAUAAGGCAGAGCAAUCCAGAUUUACAGAAAACGGUGAGCGCCGCUUCAAGUGCCAGAUCUGUGGCAAAAGCUACCGGCACGCAGGGAGUCUCAUUAACCACAAGCGGUCUCAUCAGACUGGCAUUUUCCAGUGUUCCAUUUGCCGUAAGACUUACCCACACAUGGCUGCCCUCCGCAGCCACGUCCGUAUCCACAAGGCCCACCCGUCUUCCUUCAACCUCAACUCCGAAGGAGACUGGCUCUCUACUGAGCCUCUGACGCUGGAGAAUCAGCAGGCCUGUUUUUCCUCUCAGGAUGGUAACGUUAGCAGUAUGAUGUCCAUCACCCAGGAGAACACGGAUGUACGCGACAAGGGAGGACUAUUCCACGAUCAGUUUGACUCCGCUUUUCCCCAGGGCAGGACUGCACACCUACCUCAUGAUGAACACCUGAUGGAGAGGCACAUGUGCGCAGACUGUGGUGAGACGUUUGCAGACAUCGCAGGGAUCAAGUCACACGUAUGCCCCUUCCUACAACAGCAGCAAGAGACUUUGUCAAAUGACUACAACUGUAACCUAACCUUUCAGGAGACUAACGGCCAAUGCACCAUAGGAAAUCCAGGGGAUCAUGUAGCUUUCCAGAGACCGAAUGGCGUCCCUGAACAAAAGUACUUUGGCGAACACGACUUCAACAGAGACAUAAACGGGGAGCAGUUUAAUGGCGGUGAUGGCAAAGAAGAGGAUGAUGUUGAAGAUGAUGAGGAUGAUGGGGAGCUCUAUCAGUGCUCGGUGUGCGGGAACCGCUACACAAGCAUGAGGGCUCUGAGGAGUCACCUUCGUGGUCACACUCAAUCCCGUGGUACUCCCACAAGCUCUGGUCCCUCCUCCAUGUCCUCACUUGAGGCCGAGAAAGAGGAGGACUCUGGGGAGAGUCAGCAGAUGGAUGCAGGUCUGAUGAUCUGCAGUACUUGCGGAGAGAGUUUUGCCAAGAAGCAGGACCUGCUUGCCCAUCAGCUUCUGCACAACGAAGCACAGGCAGAUGAUGUUAAACAUGUACAUGUGGACAAUAGUGAUGAAACUAAGCCCAAAGAGGAGGUCGAUAGUAUCAUCUGUGGAAACUGUGGUAUAUUUUGCACUAGUUACCAUCAUCUUGAGACCCAUCAAUGUACAACAAAUAGGAAAAGUGAAUCUGCAAACAACAUUGGUGACUCAGUCAACACUAAAGUCUUAGGACACAUGAAAGAGAAUUUAGACAACGGAGAUCGCCAGUACAAGUGUGAUCAAUGUGGAAGAGCAUACAGACAUGCUGGGUCCCUUCUCAACCAUAAAAAGUCUCACAAAACCGGAGUAUUCCGCUGCGCGGUUUGCCAGAAGCGCUUCUACAAUCUACUGGCCCUUAAGAAUCAUCAGAGGACCCACUUUGAUGUUAAGAGACAUACUUGCAAUGAAUGCGGAAAGGCAUUCAAGAUACAGAAGCAGCUAUUGAACCACUUAAGAAUUCACAAAGAGAACCAGGCCAAAAUACAGGAGCUCAACAACCAGAUUCAAGCCCUCAUGCAGAUGAAUGGAACUGUGUCAGAGGGAGGAAUGACCUCGUUAAAUGCACCAGCCCAUCAGCCCGCCACAGCCACAAGAAAAAAGCGUCGGACAAUUCUCAUCAGGAAAAAGAAUUGCGUUGAGGGAAGUUCUCAGACAACAUCUGUGAUUGGGGUCAAAUCAGAAGAAGGGGGUGACCCACGUCCCUACUCCUGCGACCAAUGCGGUCGGACUUAUCGGCACGCAGGAAGUCUAGUCAACCACAAGAACUCCCACAAGACAGGCGAAUACUAUUGCUCUGUUUGUAACAACACGUACUCCAACCAACUGGCUAUGAAGAACCACCUACGCAUCCACUUCUCCGUUAAAAAGCAUAGUUGUCAAGACUGCGGUAAGGCCUUUAGGGGAAAGAAGCAGUUGUCAAUCCACGUUUGUGCACACCUGCGAAAGGACACGCCCGGAGGGGUAAGAGGAAGAGGUCGCAGACGAGCAAAGAACAUUAAAUGUAAGCAGUGCAGACUGACAUUUAUGUCCUCUGAGCAGCUCACCGCUCACACCUGCGGGUCGCUGGGAAACCCAACAGACGGUAGCGAUGGACAAAUGAGUACGGCCCUGAAAAAAGAAGAGCGGCCGUUCACCUGCAGCAUCUGCAGUCGCAGCUACCGACACGCUGGCAGUCUGCUGAAUCACAAAAACACCCACAAGUCCGGCCACUUCAGCUGCACAUUUUGCUCCAAGCCCUUCUCCAACCCCAUGGCGCUACGCAAUCACACGCGAAUCCACACCCAGAAGAAGAAGCACAUCUGCCUGACGUGUGGGAAGGCUUUCCGGCUGGCCAGCAUCCUCCAUAAUCACCAGAAGGUCCACACUAGGGUGGCUAGCCACUUCAGUUGCCCAGAAUGUGGCAAGAGCUUCCAGGGCAAGUCGGGGCUGAAGAGGCAUCGCUGCCAGAGAAGUCACGAUGACUCUGCUACAGUUGCCGAUAACAGAGAGUCUGCAGACAAGUGCUUCACGUGCGAUCUGUGUGGACGUUCAUACCGCCAUGCCGGCUCCCUGCUCAACCACAAAAAGACGCACUCCGAAAACCUACACCACUGUACCUUGUGCCUCCAGACAUUCCCAGACCCCUUUGCGCUACAGGUCCACUCCGAGAUGAAGCGCCACUGCUGCCCAGACUGUGGCAAGACUUUCUGUCUCAUCGCCCAUCUGCAAAACCACAUGGAGGUUCACUCCAAGGAUCGCACCCUGAUUUGCAGCCCGUGCCACCAGAGCUUUCCCAACCCGGCCAGCUACCAGCACCACCAGGACCUUCACCACCGGACGCUGGACCAUUAUCCGCAACAGAACACGCCAAUGGAGGAGGACUUAGGCUGGAGCUCCGAACUGGACCAAACCGUGGGGCUCCAAGGCAUGCCCAAGCUGCUGCCGGCUUUUGCCCACAUGCACGGCGUCAUGCCCGGCCCACAGCUCCAGCAGGACAACGGCGAGGUGCGGUGUACGGACGAGAAGAGCCACGUGUGCGAGCACUGCGGCCGCACCUAUCGACACGCCGGCUCCCUCCUCAACCACAAGAACAGCCACAAGACUGGCUCCUUCUUCUGCUCCGUGUGCCAGAAGGAGUUCACCAACCUGAUGGCGCUGAAAAACCACCGGCGUAUCCACACGGAGCCCAAGCGCUACCAGUGCCUGGAAUGUGGCAAGGCCUUCCGCGUGUCCACCCAGCUCAUCUGUCACCGGAGGAUCCACACCAAAGAGAAGCCCUUCUCCUGCCUGCUGUGUGACAAGCGCUUCUCCAGCAAGUCAAACUUGCGCCACCACCAGAAGAUGCACCAAAGCGGUGCCCAGGCGUACGAGUCCUCCUUCGACGUGGACACAAGCAGUUUCAUGGACCUGGAUAUGGGCUCUUUUCUCUGAGUCACAUUUGAGUCAUAUCUGAGUCACAGUCAAUGUUUAUUUUUCGUUUAUGAACCUCCGAUGACCAUUUUGGAGAGUGGCACGCCUGUUGUGUUUUUCACCCCGCCCCCUGAGCUCCUAAUCAGUAAUUGUAAAGCAACAGGUGUUCUUCAAAGCUACGGUAUAGAUGGCAUCAGCCUUACAGCUGAGCUCUUCAACGCUGCCUCAGAAACGUUUAAUUUUUGGGAUUAUGUUUUGGUCAUGUACUUCUGGACUAAUAGAAGAAUAAUUGUUUUGCUUACCUCAAGCAGGGAUGUUGACACUGCAAAUGUCAGAGACGGUAUCUGUCAAACCUUUAUAGGAUUGAAUGUUUUUUUCGAUGGAGUGCACAAAGUGAUUGAAUCUGCUAGCGGAGAAAGAUCUAUUGGACAUCCGUACAUAGUGACUGUAUAAAUGUUCUCAUCACCAAGUAGAGGUCACUCAAUUACUUAACAUAAGCGAAUCGAUCUAACAGAAAUCUGCUUCAGCCCAGGUCCUCCAUGGGUUUUAUUCACACAUUGAUGAAUCACCUUUUUAUGAGAUGUUCUGUUCUGAUAUUUCCGCUGGUUAUCUAUUACUGGGUUUAGUGCCUCUGUCUGUUAAUUUCUCUGCUGUACUUACAUAUGUGGGCUGUAUAUUUGCCCCUUGAAUCCUAUUCUCAGUAUUGCCAUAGGUUAGAGACAAGUGGUCAAUUUACUUAUUCUGAUGUGGUUUCAAUAAGGACAGCCCUGCAAAUGUCAGGGAUCUGUCCUAUAUUUUUGUUCUGUCCAGAUGAAGAUAUCAAAGGUAUUUACUGAAAUCAUAUAAUCAAGUAAGUACUUUUACUAAUGACAAUAAUAUUUGGGUUCAUGGUUGGUGCAUUUGUACACUAAAUUGAUGUAUUUAAUAAUUUAUUCCCAUUCUUUUAUUUUAUAUUUUUGUGCAUACUUUGAUAGAUCAGUUUCUAUGAAUGUUACCUUGACACAUAAGAAAUAUCCUAUGUAGCGUUUAAGGAUAUUUCUCAAUUAAUCUGUAAUUGCAUUUUGAAUCGGUGCGACUCCCAACAGUGAGGAAUGCAUUAGCCAAGGACAGUUGUCUUGCCAGCACUCAGGUUUUUCCAUAUUCUUUUCCUUUUAAAGAUCUGAUGUGCAGUGUAGAUAAUCAUUGAUAUCUGAAUUGGGUAAGACUUUGUUAUUGCUACACGUGCCAUUGCUCACCCUUGCAUCGUUCAUGUGUAAUGGACUUGUAGCCUUUCUCGUCCAUUAUCCCCAUAGAAAUGUUAUAGAUGUUGCAACCCCUUGAAAUACCACACGCAUACGUUUGACUUUAAAAGGUAUUGUAGCAGUCCUCACUAUGAGCCAUGUUACAGUUCCCGCCAGGUGGGCGAAACCCCAUUGGUGUGUAGGUUGUUCGCCUUUGAUGUCAGCAGCCCAGGUCUUCCCUGCCCCGAUGCUCUCCUCAGCAUGUUUGCGUGCCAGUGUAGAAUUAUCCUGGUGUGAAGGCCUACUCUCUGAUCACUUUUCUUCUGUUUGAGAAUACAAAGUAUUUAUUGAUGUCUUAUUUCAGUGCUUAUUGCAUUUCUGUUGAAAUGUUUCAUAAUGUAUUAUUUUUAACUUCCUAAAGUUGGAGAUUAAUCUAAAGUGGUUUGUUUUGCCGCUUAUCUAACACAAGCUUUAGCGUUCAAACCUGAGAACACGGUCAAUAUUCAGUUGGUUGCUUACCUCAACCGUGUUAACUGCAGUGUGUAUCCGGAAGCGGAUGUUGAUCGCCACUAUUUGCGAAAUGGUUUGGUGUCUUUGGAAAAAGCAAUUUGUUUUCAUUUAACCUUUACAUUAAUGUGCAAUUAAGUAAAUCUAGGAUUAUCUUUGGUUUGCAAUGCCUACAUGAAACAAGUGUAGGAAGUGGAAAACGGUGCCUAUCUUGCACUACAACGUGCAUCUUUUUAGUCGCUGUAAUGUCUAAUGUCUUGGGGUACAAGUAGGAAGCGCAGAUCCUUUAGGUUUAAAACAGCAGGGGGCCUUUCAUUUAUAGGUGCCAAUUCAGUACUAUAUCAAAUAUAUAACUGACUCAACCAUGGAAUUUUUUUCUUUGCUUUUAUUAUGCCUUAUCCUAUGUAUUUCAUAUAUUAUGAAUUGUAAAUAAUUCUGGGACUGGUAAGAUGUAUGAAAUACCUCACAAAAGAGCCUUGCCAAUCCAGCAACUGCUAUUAAAAGCUAUAUGUUUAUUUAGGAGAAAUUAUGACAUUUUGCUAUAGUACACUAUCCAUCCUCAUUGAAUCUUUAACAGUGAUGUAGCUAGACCUGUAACAUGAGCACACUGUCGGUGAGGCAUCAGCUCCCAACACCUCAUUCUAAUUGCACGUGGGCAGUUGAGAUGCAUGCAAGUUCUCCCCAAUCUAUCAAUAUUAUAAGCAAUAUGUUGACAUUUUUGAAGUGUUUAGUGCUCAUUUGGUCGGUACCAUAUUAAUAAGUGCACAUCUUGUAGUUGCACUUUUGUUGUUUCUGUGUCAAACCAUUGAAACUUUCCCACUAGGUACAAUUUUGAUGUGAACUGAUUCAAAUGAAAAAGCUCAUAGGCAACCUGAGACUUAGCGAAAGUCAACAAAUACCUUUGAAUUUAAAACAAACUACUGUACACUAAGAAUAUCUUGUUUGUGAUGACAGACUUACCAAUAUGUAACUUGACUGUUCCCAUGGUUAUUUGCAUAUCUUGUAUCUACAUUGUGGUUUUUCGGUCAUUCCUCUUCAAAUUGCAACCAUGUAUUUUUAUAACCCAUGAAAAUGAAAUGGCGUAUUAGGUAGGGAAUGCCAGAUAAUUAGUUUUAAUUUGGUGGCAAGUCUGAUAACUACAAUUCCUUCUCUUGUGUCACUGGUUAUUUUACACUCACUUCUUUGCCACGAUGACAACCCAUGUUCUUUUCAUGUGUCAUACAUUUAUGUAAAUACUGGGGUGAGACAUUGGUUGGGUUCUUUUUACAUGAGUAACUUACAAGUGUAGCGGGUCAUAAAAAGCAUAUACACCACCUUAGAUUACAUUUUUCUGUUCAAAAAGUCUGAUAAAUAUUUUAUUCAUAUUUAUAUAACCCUGUAUAUAUAUUUUGUCACUUUGCAAUGUAGAUUUUUACUUCCUGGUUAGGACUAUGAACUUAGCUAAUUAGAAACUUAACAAAUCAGUUGUUGAAAUUAAAUGACUUAAAAAUA